AUUUGAAGGAAGAUAGAAAAUGAUGAAUUAAGCCUCAGAUGAUUAAUCAUAUAAAACAAUAAAAUCGGGAAAGUCAAUGGCUUAAAUAGGUUAAACAAUUUCAGGGGAAUAUUCAUCAGAGAAGAAGAAGUAAAUUUAAUAAAAAAUUUACUUAAUAUUAAAUGAUUAUGAAUGUAAUAAGUUAGUAAGUGAAUAAAUAUGAUAGGCAUUUGUUUUAUCAAUUUUAUCUAUUUUCAUAAUCUCACUUGAUAUAUUAUUAUUAAUAUUGGAGACAGAGAAAGAAUUAGGAAUAAUAGAUAUUUGGAUAAGUGCAAAUUCAGGAGUGAGUAGUUAUUUUUUAAUAGAAUAUAUAUUUAGAGUGGCAUCUUAUAAUGCAUUUGAAGAAACCUUGGUUGAAUUUAUAAAAAGUAAGAAUUUAAUAAAUGAAGAGCCAUAUAAUCUAGUUGAUAUUUUUGCAUUAUUAUAUUCAAUAAUAGAAUAAAUAUUAUAUCUGAUAGAUUUAUAGGUUGAUCCUAGAAUAAAAGUAUUAAGAAUGUUAAUAGUUUUACGGUUGAUAAGAAUAUUCAAAUUUUAAACAUUUGCUUUAGGAGUGAAAGUAAUUAAUUGAUUUAUUUGAUAGAUCUUAAUAAGAGGAUUAUCAGAAAGUAUGCAAGCACUAUCUUUAUUAUUAUUUUUUACAAUGAUAUGUAUAAAUAUAAAUUCUAAAUACUGAGGUGUAAUAUUGAUAUCUAGUUUUAUGUACUUUGCAGAGAAAGAGUUUGUUGAUGAUAGUUAAAUAUAAAAUAUACCAUAAGCAAUUUGGUGGGCAAUUAUUACAAUAACAACUGUUGGAUAUGGAGAUUAUGUUCCAAAAUCUCUAUUAGGAAAGUUUAUUGGAGUUUUGAGUCUGAUUUUUGGAGUUUUAUUACUUUCACUUCCUGUAGCAAUUAUUGGAAAUAAAUUUCAGGAGAUUUAUUUAUAGAAUAAGAAAGAGGAAACAAAAAGAGCAAGAAAGAAUGCAAAAGUAAAUUACAAAAUACUAUUGAAAUUAGACUCAUUAUAAUUAAAUUUAAAAUCAAAAUGAAAAAGAAAUCUAUAGAAUAAUAUUAAAAUUAAAUGAAUUAGAAUAAGUAAAUGAAAGGAUUGAAUAAUGUUUGAAAGAUAAUCAAUUUUUAUAUAGAAGUCAUAUCAAUUAAUAAAUUAAUUAGGUAUUUCAAGAGAUGCAUAAAGUAUGAUUGAUAAGAUUGAAAUAAAUAGAGAAAAUGGUAAGAGUAAGAAUAAGUAAAAAGAGAGAUUGAGUACUUAGGAAAGAAUUAUAAAAAUAAGAGAAGAGAUUUUAAAUAGUAGAAAAAAUAAAUGA